CUCUGAUCGAGUUGUUAUUUAUUAUUAAUUAUUUAAUCCUCUUUCUUCUUCCUCUCUGGAUGUGAAGAUGAUGGAGCCCGGCGACACCAAGAGUCUGCAGCGGAGUGACAGCGAAGAAAGUGGGCGGGGCCUUGAGGUUCUUCCGGUUCCCCGACGGCCCGUCAUCACCAACAUCACCUGCGACUCCUUCAACAUCAGCUGGGAGAUGGAGGGGGGGGGCAACGUCACUCACUACUUCAUCGACCUGAACAAGAAGGAGGAACCCAAGGAGAACCACUUCAAACACAAGGACGUCCCCACUAAGCUGGUGGCGCGGGCGGUUCCUCUGCCGAUGACGGUGCGCGGCCACUGGUUCCUGAGCCCCCGCACGCAGUACAGCGUGUCGGUGCAGACGGCCAGCAAGCAGCCGGACGGAGAGUACAGCGUCUCCAUCUGGAGCGAGAGCAGCCACUUCUGCACCGCAGAUUACUCCUCAGUGCAUCUGAAGCAGCUCCUGCAGAAAGCCGAGCUCACCUCCGGCCGCCUGCUGCCCUUCAGCGUGUUCUACAGGAACCAGACGGAGGAGUACUUCCAGCAGGACAGCCCAUCGUUCCGCUCCAGAGACGCUCAGUGCCGCCGCAUGCUGCCCUCCGUUAAAGACCACAGCGGCAGCCACGGGUCCCCCAUCAGCGGGAAGCUGGAGGGGCUUUUCUUCAGCUGCAACACUGAGUUCAACACCGGGAAGCCCCCCCACGACUCUCCGUACGGACCCUACCGCUUCCAGGUCCCAGCAGAAACCCUCUUCAACCAGAACACCAACGUGUACUUUGGGGAUUUCUACUGCAUGUACACGUCGUACCACUACGUGGUCCUGGUCCUGGCCCCCAGAGGCUCCUCCGGGGACUCGUUCUGCCGCGCCCGGCUGCCGGAGCUGGACCCGGAGAGCAACGUGUUCCUGCGGCGCGGCGCGGCGGCCGACGGCUCGCUGAGCUUCCUCCACGCGCAGGACCUGAUCCUGGAGCUGAUCUACACCGAGGCCGUGGACCUGGACCUGGGGACGGUCGCUCCGAUCGCAGGGCAGCAGCUCCUGGGUCAGAGCACCCUCAACGCCAAGAAGGACCCCAGCUGCAAGCUCUGCAACAUCAGCGUGGGCCGCUAGCUCCACGCUAACACCAUGCUAACAGCUAACGAGAUGGUAGCUAACGUGCUUCGAACUAAUAUCACUAACUCGAUGUUGAACGACGUUAGCUUGAUGCUAACAAUGCUAGAUCAGGUUUGAAUCCACUUUGCUUUCUUUAACUGGUGCCUCACGUACAGACAGAUACAUGUUAAAAGCAAGUAGUGUCAAAUCAAGAAACAUUAUUAUAGAAGAUAUUUGAUUUCAUAUUAAAGAUCUAUGGAGUUCUUUAAGACGUUUCAAAACGAUCCAAAGAAUAUGCAAAGAUGAAGUGUUCACAGAAUAUUACAUUACAGUAAAGUAUUAUUAUAGAAUCAUACAAACAUAUUUACGCAGACAACACCAGCUAGCUCGAUGCUAACAGCUGACAUGGAGAGACUGACUAUCUUAGUGCUAACAAUGAUAGCAUCUAGUAUCAGUUUGACUAAAAACUAAACUCUCUUGUUGUUGAUGUCUCCUUUGUAAUAUUCCAGUUUUUGCAUAAAAGGAAUUUUUGCAAAGAAAAUGUAAGAAAAGUUUAAAAUA